UUAAUUGAUCCUUUAUGUUUUCCUCGGACCCAUGCAUAAGUGUAUUUAAAUCUUUUAUAAGAACUAACAAGUAAGAAGACGAAGAAGAAUGUCGGAGAGUUUCAAAGUGUGCUUCUGUUGUAGCAGAAGCUUCAAGGAGAAAACGAGGGAACCACCAGUGAGCAUCAAGAGACUCUUCGAAGCUUACUCAAGAAACGGCAAGAUGUCUUUCGAUGAGCUUCUUAGAUUUGUGAGUGAAGUUCAAGGAGAGCGGCACGCAGGGUUGGACGACUACGUGCAGGAUAUCUUCCACAGCGUUAAACACCACAACAUUUUUCAUCACCAUGGACUUGUUCAUCUCAACGCCUUCUAUCGGUACCUCUUCAGCGAUACCAACUCUCCUCUUCCCAUGCCUGCCCAGGUGCAUCAUGACAUGAAGGCGCCGUUAUCGCAUUACUUUGUGUACACGGGACACAACUCUUACUUGACUGGGAAUCAAGUGAACAGCAGAAGCAGCGUGGAACCGAUAGUGCAGGCUCUCAGAAAAGGCGUAAAGGUGAUCGAGCUCGACUUAUGGCCUAAUCCUUCAGGGAACGCUGCUGAAGUUCGUCAUGGCAGGACACUUACAUCGCAUGAAGAUCUGCAGAAAUGUCUGACCGCCAUCAAGGAUAACGCGUUUUACGUGUCUGACUAUCCAGUCAUGAUCACUCUCGAAGAUCAUUUGCCACCCAAUCUUCAAGCGCAAGUUGCUAAGAUGUUAACUAAAACAUUCAGAGGGAUGCUGUUUCGUUGUGGCUCAGAGAGUUGGAAGCAUUUUCCAUCACCAGAAGAACUUAAGAAGAAGAUUCUCAUCUCUACGAAGCCUCCAAAGGAGUAUCUUGAAAGCAAAACUGUACAGACAACAAGAACUCCAAUGGUUAAAGAGACUUCGUGGAGCAGAGUAGCGAGUAGUACUAAUAUGGCACGGAAAGGAGAAAACAAGAUUCUUGAAGAAGAAGGAGAAUUGGAGAGUGAAGCUGUAGGAGGAUAUAGAGACUUGAUCGCGAUCCACGCUGCAAACUGCAAAGAUCCUUUGAAGGAUUGCUUGAGUGAUGAUCCAGAGAAGCCUCGAAGGGUUAGCAUGGACGAGCAGUGGCUAGAGACAAUGGUUAGGACCAGAGGAACGGAUCUUGUCAGGUUUACACAGAGGAAUCUGGUGAGGAUAUAUCCAAAGGGUACAAGAGUGGACUCGUCAAACUACGAUCCCCAUGUUGGGUGGACACACGGUGCUCAAAUGGUUGCUUUUAACAUGCAAGGACAUGGGAAGCAACUAUGGAUAAUGCAAGGAAUGUUCAGGGCGAAUGGUGGAUGUGGGUACGUUAAAAAGCCUCGCAUCUUGCUAGACGAGCACACACUCUUCGACCCUUGCAAAAGGCUUCCCAUCAAGACCACUCUCAAGGUGAAGAUUUACACAGGCGAAGGAUGGGAUUUGGAUUUCCAUCAGACACACUUUGAUCAAUACUCUCCUCCAGAUUUCUUCGUAAAGAUUGGAAUAGCAGGAGUUCCGAGAGACACGGUCUCAUACAGAACGGAAACAGCUGUCGAUCAGUGGUUUCCUAUAUGGAGCAACGACGAGUUCCUGUUUCAGCUGUGUGUUCCAGAACUGGCGCUUCUGUGGUUCAAGGUCCAAGACUACGACAAUGACACCCAGAAUGAUUUCGCAGGACAGACAUGUCUUCCUCUACCGGAACUGAAGUCCGGAGUCAGAGCUGUCCGGCUUCACGAUCGAGCAGGCAAGGCUUACAAAAACACGAGGCUUCUCGUCAGCUUCGCCUUGGAUCCUCCUUAUACGUUUCAUCAUCAACGCACCAUGGAAGAAGAAGGCACCCCAGGCAUCAUCAUCGUUGGCGCCGGAAUCUCCGGGCUUUCCACCGCUGUUGGACUACACAGGCUUGGGAUCAGAAGCAUGGUGCUGGAAUCUUCAGAGAAACUGAGAGCGACAGGGUUUGCUCUUACGACUUAUUUCAAUGCUUGGAAGGCCAUGGAAGCUCUCGACGUUGCUCAACAUAUUCGCAGUCUCCAUGAUCGCCUUCAAGGAUGGGUGGUUGGACCAAUUUCUGCAGGAAAUCCUUCUAAAGAGAUGUUGUUUCCAGAAUCCGAGAAACUGUUGUUAGAGGCUCUAGCAGGUGAGUUGCCUGAAGAGACCAUAAGGUUUUCGUCUAAAGUUGUUCAUAUCGAUCUGUCUGGACGCUACAAGAUGGUUCAUCUCUCCGACGGGACCAUUCUCAAAACCAAGGUUUUGGUAGGGUGCGAUGGAGUGUACUCAGUAGUUGGUAAGUGGCUAGGCUUCAAAAAUCCGGCUACAACUGCCCGGUUAGCAAUCCGAGGGCUCACACAUUUCCCGGAAGGCCACGGAUUUGGGAAAAAGUUCUUCCAGUUUUAUGGAGACGGUGUUCGUUCGGGUUUUAUCACCUGUGACCACAACACGGUCUACUGGUUCCUAACCCACACCUCCACUGAUAUAGAUGAGGAGACAAAUCCGGAAAUCCUCAAAGGGUUUGUGCUGAACAAGAUCAAAGACUUGCCUGAAAACAUUAAGAAUGUGGUGGAGACCACUGAUCUUGAUAGCAUGGUGAUGUCUCGACUGAAGUACCGACCUCCAUGGGAACUGCUAUGGUCAAACAUCACAAAAGACAAUGUGUGCGUUGCAGGGGAUGCACUUCACCCAAUGACUCCUGAUAUCGGACAAGGGGGUUGUUCAGCCAUGGAGGAUGGAGUUAUCCUCGCUCGUUGUCUAGGUGAAGCGAUAAAAGCAAAGAAUCUGAAAGGUGAAACAGAAGAAGAUAAAGAAGAAGAGAGUUAUAAGAGGAUUGGGGAAGGUUUGAAGAAGUAUGCAGGAGAAAGGAAAUGGAGAAGCAUUGAUCUGAUAACAACGGCAUAUACAGUAGGAUUCAUACAGCAGAGCAGAGGGAAGUGGAUGAGCAUGUUGAGAGACAGGCUUGGGAUCAGAAGCAUGGUGCUGGAAUCUUCGGAGACACUGAGAGCGACAGGAUUUGCAUUUACCACUUGGUUCAAUGCUUGGAAGGCCAUGGAAGCUCUCGGUGUUUCUCAGCAUAUUCGCAGUCUCCAUGAUCGUCUUCAAGGAUGGGUGGUUGGACCAAUUUCUGCAGGAAAUCCUCCCAAAGAGAUGCUGUUUCCAGAAUCCGAAGAAUACGAGUCUCGAUGCGUACAGAGGAAGCUGUUGUUAGAGGCUCUAGCAGGUGAGUUACCUGAAGAGGCUAUAAGGUUUUCGUUUAAGGUUGUUCAUAUCGAUCUGUCUGGACGCUACAAGAUGGUUCAUCUCUCCGACGGGACCAUUCUCAAAACCAAGGUUUUGGUAGGGUGCGAUGGAGUGUACUCGGUGGUUGGUAAGUGGCUAGGCUUCAAAAAUCCGGCUACAACUGCCCGGUUAGCAAUCCGAGGGCUCACACAUUUCCCGCAAGGCCAUGGAUUUGGGAAAAGGUUAUUCCAGUUUUAUGGAGAUGGUGUUCGUUCCGGUUUUAUCCCCUGUGACCACAACAAUGUCUACUGGUUCCUAACCCACACCUCCACUGAUAUAGAUGAGGAGACAAAUCCGGAAAUCCUCAAAGGGUUUGUGCUGAACAAGAUCAAAGACUUGCCUGAAAACAUUAAGAAUGUGGUGGAGACCACUGAUCUUGAUAGCAUGGUGAUGUCUCGACUGAAGUACCGACCUCCAUGGGAACUGCUAUGGUCAAACAUCACAAAAGACAAUGUGUGCGUUGCAGGGGAUGCACUUCACCCAAUGACUCCUGAUAUCGGACAAGGGGGUUGUUCAGCCAUGGAGGAUGGAGUUAUCCUCGCUCGUUGUCUAGGUGAAGCGAUAAAAGCAAAGAAUCUGAAAGGUGAAACAGAAGAAGAUAAAGAAGAAGAGAGUUAUAAGAGGAUAGAAGAAGGGUUUAAAAAGUACGCAGGAGAAAGGAAGUGGAGAAGCAUUGAUCUUAUAACAACAGCAUAUACAGUAGGAUUCAUACAGCAGAGCAGAGGGAAGUGGAUGAACAUGUUGAGAGACAGGUUCUUGUCGUCUUACCUGUCACGGAUGUUGCUGAAAAAGUCUCAUUUCGAUUGCGGAAGCCUUGUCCCGUGAUUCUCAAUGAGCAAGCAGGGAUAAGUCUAAAGCUUGUGAUUCUUCUUGUCAUCAACUAUAAAACAACUGCAGACCAGUUUUCACCUUUAAUUUGCUCUUUUUUUCUUUUUUCCAUAUAAUAAACUCAGAAGAAUUAAUAAAGAGCCACAAGGCAU